AUGAGCCGUCUAGCCCGCGCGUUAGCAAAACCCUUUACAGUGCCGGUAGCCAUGUGCGCGAGGCAGAUAGCAGCAAUGGACGAACCGCUGAAGCGGCACAUCGAUGCCUACGAGGCGCGAGGUGAGGACAUCACGAUCGCUGUCUGGCGCGAGUACGUAGACGGACAGCGAGUGCUGCUGCCGUACCGGUGGGCGAAGCUUCGGAAUGAGAUAGCGUACCUGACCUCGGGCGAGAUGGCCAUCACAGACGUGUCUUUCGCUGACUUUCUGCUCAUCGUGCGCUUUCUCACGAAGUGUCUCUUCAUCUUCAUCGUCGCCGUGAUGGUCGGACGCCGCUCCGUCUUUCCUUCGCUGGAGCCGACGUCGCCGUUUGUGGAGGAAAUCGUGAAGAACUGGCAACCGAACCGGCUGCGUGGAAUGGCGGGCGCGGAGUACAUGGCGCGUGAUCAAGCAGCUGCAGCGGCGGCCGUGGCCGCUGAGGAAGCGGGGAGGAAGCGCCCGAUCUCUUAG